AUGAAGAUUUAUUAUAUUGGUGUGUUGAGAAACUCCUCAGCAAAGGCGCUAGAGCUGACGUCUGUGAACGACUUGUCACAAUUUGGGUUUUUUGAGAGGAAUGGGGUAUCCCAGUUCAUGACCUUCUUUUCGGAAACUGUAGCUGCUAGAACCUCCGCUGGUCAGAGGCAAAGUAUCGAAGAGGGCAACUACAUAGGGCAUGUCUACAGCAGAUCUGAGGGGUGCUGUGGUGUUCUCAUUACAGACAAGGAAUAUCCAGUUAGACCGGCGUACACGCUGCUCAACAAGAUUCUAGACGAGUAUUUGAUCGCGCAUCCUCCCCAGGAGUGGAAGGACGCUGUGGCGACGAAUGACUCUUUGAAACUCCGGGAACUCGAUACAUAUAUCGCAAAGUAUCAGGACCCCUCGCAGGCAGAUUCGAUCAUGCGCGUGCAGCAAGAGUUGGAUGAGACCAAGAUUGUUCUGCAUAAGACCAUCGAGUCAGUUUUGCAAAGAGGUGAGAGACUUGACAACUUAGUCGACAAGUCUGAAAGCUUAUCGGCCAGCUCUCGUAUGUUUUACAAGCAGGCAAAGAAGACCAACUCAUGCUGCAUUAUUAUGUAA